CUUCGCUUUCAUCUUUCGUGCGACCAGUGAUUAUACUACUGCGAAAGCAAAAUAAUCAUAAUUUCGAAGUUCCAAUUGCGUUCACCAUUGUAAUUUGUUAACUCUGGAAUUGAUGAAGCCACUACUCAACUACGACCUAUUUUACAUGAACGGUUAUCCAAUGAAAUUCUAUUUGGAUGGAUACACCGAUGUUCAAAUUCGCGAAAUGGCUGAGAUUAUUGAGGCUUUCGGUGGAAAAUUCUCUAAACCAGGAGAGAAUACUAUCGUUUUUUCAUACCCUGGGGCUCCGAACAGUGAAAAUUGUGAUCGUUUUGACAGUAAAUUUUUUUUCGACAGUGUGACAACAAGUCAACUACAAAAACUGGAUAACUACAGGCUUCCAUUGACUCCAAUCAACACAUCAAUCGAAACUAACGAAGACUGCCCACUGAUCAAUCCUGAAACAUCUACGGCAACGAAUACUCACUUCAAUGAUUCUAAAGAUCAUUCCGAGAAAUCCGACUCAUCCAAACCCGUCUCAAAGAGUACAGAGGAUGAUUCGAACCAUGUAACUUCGUCUAGAAUAGAAGAGAGAUUGAGAACGACUUUGCACACGAAGAAAAAGAAGAAGAAGAGAUCCAAGUCUCCUUCAAGCGUAGAUGAAAGUCGCGUCGAAACUGGAAAACCAAAAACUAUCACUCCGAGCAUCCCCUAUUCCAAAGAAGAAUCUGCAAAAAUACAGAAGUUUCUCGCUGAGAAUAAAACAGCUUGUGACUUAUCGGGUGUCAGUGUAUGGAAAAAAAUGGAUGAAGCGAAGAUUUUCGUCCAGCCAUAUCGUUCACGGAAGAGCUUAUAUAGUUACUAUUGCAAAAACUUACGGCAAAACAGUGAGAAAUAUUUGAGGGAUAAGUGCAACCUUGAUGAAUGCCACAAGCCAAUUGAAGAUGUCCAUGACAAAACAAACCGGAAAUAUUCGAAAGAAGACGGUAAAAAAAUCAUGGACUACAUAAUCAAAAAUAAUCUAAUCCAUUACGUUGGAGGAUCGAUAGUUUGGAAGCAAAUUGAAGCGGAAAGA